AUGUCCCAAGAUCAGGAGGAGGAAUUAAAUUUUCACGAGCUAGUUGGUAGCUUACUUGCAGCUUCGGUAGAAGAUGGGGAGGUAUCGGAUUUAGAGGAGAAAUCGAAGGAAGUUAGUGGCAGUGAGCAGGCUGAUAAGGGUAAUGAUGAUGGUCAUAGAAUGAAGAUUCCUGAUUUGCCAGAAACCACUCAUUUUGGAGAUGAUGACUUAGCGGCAGUAGUUGCUCAGGCCAUCGGAAGGAUGGAACAUGAUGCUGAAGGGGGUGAACCAGAUGGUGAUGGAGACCAGUUGGCGGGAAAUCAUAAUGAGGAAGAACAUUGGGCGAAAAUUCUGCAGCAAGAGAUUCUUCAGGCGGACCAGGAUGCAAAUGAUUCGUACGAUGCCCACAGUCAACAAAUGCUAGGGUUAGAAGCUGAUGAAAGAGAACAUUUAGAUCAUGAUGAUGAACAGCUAAGGAGGGCUAUUUUGGAGUCACUCCAGCAGCUGAAUGAACGGGAGGCGAAGCCUAGUCAUGAUAAAAAUGGGAACCAGGAGAAGGCUAAGUCUAAACCGAAAUCGAAACCAAAAUCUUAUAUUUCAACUUCUGAGACUACUUCAAGUGAGAAAUCAAAGAAGGAUAAGAAGUCCAGUAAGAAGAAAUCAAGCCAAAAGGAGAGGAAGCACGAUAAGAAGAAAGCUAAGGGGGAUAGGCAUACCAGUUCAAACGAUGAUGUUUUAAACUUUGAGGAUGUGAUCAAGGGGUUUAUGAAUCAGACAGAUGCUAGUUCACUUUCUCCAUCAUUAUCCCACCAAAUAGGUGAUGCAGAAACACAAGCUUUAGUGGAUGCAACUUUAAAGGCUUUCGAAAACGAAUUAAUGGGCACAACGGCAUCUACUUCUGCGACAAAGAAGUCGUCGAGCGCAGGCUCGUCGAACACGGCCUCUAAACGUAAAGGUAUAACGGAAAAAUCAUCAAAAUCUAAGUCGAAGCAUUUAACUUCUUCUUCGGCGGCAGCUCCUAUGUUAUUACCCCCUCUACGGAAACUUCAAUCUUCAAAGCGUAAGAAGAAGGGUAAAACUAGUGCUGAAAAGAAGAAAGAUGCCGUAAAGAAAAAGGCUACCAAGAGUUCAUCGACAUAUGACGAGGAGGUGUUUUCCAAGGCUCUUGCUGAGAUGGUUAAUCAGGUAGUGAAUACUUCUUUCAAUGAAACCCAAGCGCCUGCAAGGCCAACUUCUCACUCUUCUCGUUCCAGUGCGGAUAUGUCGCCUCUUGGACCAUCUGCUGGCAGUUCCAGCGAUACUACCCAACCUAGUUCGUCUUCAAAAUUAAUUACCCAAGAAGGAAUUACUCAUAGUAGUAUAAAUAUUGGUACGGGUGGUAGUGUUGAUGAGUCCUUUGAUCUAAAUCAGAUAAUGCAAAAUGCCAUGGCUAUGGCUUUCCAGGAACAAGUUCAAGAUCAACUAGAUCCUUCUGUCAUAGAAGAGUUCAACAAAGAGUUAUCAAGUAUGCAACUACCCGAAGGUCUAACAUCAACAAAAAAGAAACCUGCCUUGACCCUGUCCGAAAAGUCAAAGAAAUCUAUGGCGGACGCUACAGUAACAGAAGUAGGAGCAAUAAAGUCAGCUGCUACAAUUAUUCCUGCUACUGCCACUACUGCGAAGAAGAGCAAAACUGGAAACUUAAAGUCGGUUAUCUCUGUAUCCAAUCAGCCGAAACCUCUAUCAUCUCUGGAGGAACUAUAUAGAAAGAGAUUUCUCAAGGUUGCAAAAGAAUGUGCUAGUCAAGCACGUAAGCGUAAUUCUCAGCGCAAUAAGGAUUCUAAAGAACAGAUAAAGUUGAUACGCCAGAAGCAGCUUGAUGAGAAGAAGAAACUAAAAGAUGAAAGACGCAAAAGACAAGAAGCUGAAUCCAAGCAGUUGGAAGAAAUUGUGGCGAAGGGCCCUCCUUAUCCUGCAGCUUUAAAAUUGACAAAAACUGGUAAGCCCAAAAAACCCUACAGACUUCUUACUGCAGAGGAGCUUGCCAAAGCUGCUUCAACGGUAUCACAAGAUGCGAACUUAUCUAAAGUUCGUAAGCUGAGAAAGAAAAAGGAAAGGAAGGAAAGAAAAGAAAUGUUGAAACGCAUUCCAUUAUCUGCAUUAAAAAAGAUACCUUUAUUCAAUUUUAGCAAGAAUCCAAAUGCUUCAGCUUUGAAUGAUAUAGAGGGUUCAUUGGCCAAGGUACCAUUGCUGGGCAAGCUUGAAUCCCCCUCUGAGCUCUCUUCUCUUAUUGCAUCAAGGACAGUCUUUGUAGGGUUUGACCCUCAUAGAAAGACAGUAGUCCAUAGGGAGAAGGUACUAUUCCAUCCACCAUGGGUGAUUCCGCCUCACCCGCCUUACGCAUUACCGAUCGCCAAGAGAAGAAAGAAAACAUCAGAUAGACGCGCUAACAGUAGAGUAUUAAAGAAAAAGAGGUCCAAGGCAAAGAAGGUUGCUACACUGAACAUUGGUAACAGAAUAAUUCCGGCAGCGUUGUUCCCAAUCAUCAAUACAUUAAAAGCUGCUGCUAGAGCCACUGCUGCUGCUGGUGCAACGCCCGAGGAAUCUAGACAGCAUUUAGGUUCAAUGCUUCAACAGGCUCGUGUCACCAUUGCCCAAGCCUUGGCAAUUGCGAAGUCUCGAAGUACCAAAAAUUAUGCUGCUAUUCGUACUACAGAAGACAUUGAGAAGAUGCAAGCAGAUGAUAAUAAGGCAAAAAGGAUUCCAUUACUUAGUAUGAAGGCUGUUGCAGCACCAAAGAAGAAAGUUGAUGGAGCGGUAAAUGCUAAUAUUACAAAGUCUGAAGAUGUUGAUACAGCAGUACUUGUAACUACCGAGCCCGGACAUAGUCGCCCAAUGAUAAUAGAUAUUGAGGAUGAGACAAGGAAGACACCAAACCCAUCUUCUGAUACUAUGGACUCUGCUGGAACAAAUCAAGCCUCAGAUGUAGUUCGAGCUUCAACUCCAGCUCCAGCUUCAACUCUAGCUCCAGCUCCAGCUUCGGCUCUAGCUCCAGCUCCAAAACGCAUCAAGUUAGAGCCUGGGACAUCUAUUCCGGAAUCCAUUGAUGCUGACCUAGGUGCUACUACAACUUCCAACCCGCAAUUCCAGGAUAUAGUAAACCGUUUAGUUCAACAACAGUUGCGCAACACACAUGGUGAAAAUGCUGCUCUUCCUUCAAAUCUAACAUCAAUUAUCUCCAAUACCAUCUCAACACUAUUACCAGAGUUGGAUCAACUAAAGAAUCUAGACGAUUUUGUUACAACGGCAACAUCGGCAGCUGUAGCUGGAAUGGAUAUGGAGAUGGUUGAUUCCUCUUUAGAUGAUGAUGAACAUGAUGAAAAUGAAGAUUCUGAUGUUGCUAGAACUACAAAACGGAUCUACAGAAAAACUGCUCCUCGUUUUAAAAGCGUAUUAAACCUAGAUGGCGUUACACCGUUAACUCAUAAUAUUUUAAAAAAAGAAGAAGAUAAUACUAAUGCUCAAGAAAUGAUGAUGAUGCGCACACAAUCACAACCUUCAAAUCAGUCUGCACAAAGAAUUAUCACAACUAAAAGUAUAAACUCAUCAAAAUUGUCCAGAAUAGAGGAGAAAAAGCCUUCCUACAUUCUGGGCAAUCCGACCAUUGCUGCUCCUUCAGGGGGCGUAGUUCUCUCUACAGCUCUUAAGAAACCUACAGUGCAUGCAGCAAAAACACAUCAAUUCCAUAUCCCAACCAAAGAUAGUAAUGGAAACCCUCUAAAAAUGAUUCCCCUAAUGCGUCGUGUUAAAUCCUUCUUAAAUACUACUGAGCUUGCAUUGCUGCGAAAGGAAAUUAAUAAAGAACGUAAACGUAAAUGGAGAGAAGCUAAUGUUGAACGUAAUCGUGAUAACGAUCUGCGUUCACGUCUAAACCAACGAGCUAACGUCCUAUUUGGAAAAGGUGAUUCCAUGGAAAAACGUAAGUGGAUUGAUGAACAAUACAAAGAGCGUAUAAUUAAGUUAGAAGGUGGUAGUUCGAUGAUGAUACCACCACCACCCCCCUCCUCCUCUUCUUCAUCGUCACUGCAAGGAAUAGUCCACGGGCAGAAAGAGAACCAAACUUCGGUAAGCGAACAAGAGAUAUUGAACUUAAUAGCUAUCAGAUUAAACAAAUUAACUACAGCCCGUGAAAUAGAAACAGAAAUUCAAAAUGAAGCAAAGGGUAUAUUCCCUAGAAAGGGCACAAAGAGUAAGGCUUCUCCAAUUCCAUUGGAAUCUCCAAAUAGUAACCGUGAUACCACUGCGGUCGCUGUUUCUAACGACUCGAUCACAUUGAUGCCCGUCACAGACGCUGCAUUAAUUGAUCCUGAAUUAUCAAGUGGCCGUGGCAACCUUGGCGGCGGCAACAAAAGAAGCCGUGAAACGAACGACCAACAAGGUUCAGCGCCUUCCCCAUUGAAGACUUCUACGAGGCACAUUAUAGGCACACACGCUCGCUGA